AGAGCUGUAAGAGAUGCGGGCGAUAUCGAAGCGAGAUCUCAAAUGCACCUGGCGAGCGUUUUCGCUGGUAUUGGUUUUGGCAAUGCUGGUGUCCAUUUAUGGUAUGCCAUUAAUAAGAUUUUUCCUGCAGAUUUUUUAUUACAUUUCUAUAUUCUUUAACCCAUUAAGGCACAAUAUACCCCAAUGCCCCCUUCUUCGUUACUGACUUUGUCCAAUGUCAUACGAUUGUUAUCCUGAAAGGGAAAGUGUUUGACGUAAAUAGUUAUUUUUGACAUAUUUUCUCGUCCCACAGUCAUGGUAUGUCGUAUGCUAUUUCUGGUCUGGUGAAAUCGUACAAAGCCACAGAUUACGACACAGGCUACCCAAUCAUCGUACGUAUUAUACUUUUGCUAAUUUCCUGUCUAAUUUUCACCCAAAUUUAACAAAAAUUUAAUCAAUUUGUCCUUGGACAAUGUCUAUUAGUCCCACAAAAUUUUCGUAUGAAUACGUUUGAUAUUUUGUAAGUUACCAUGCUGACAGACAUGCACAUUAGGGACCGGUCAUAAAGUAACUGCUAUAGGGUGGGCCGAAAGGGAAAACUAGGUUUUCCAAAAAAACCUGGUGGGCCAUCGUGAGAAUCUGGAAAAAAUUUCAAAGUCCAUUGUAGGUUAUUGGAAAAAUUUCACGACCCAUCCUGCUAUACAUGAAUAUGUACAGUAUAACAGUAACUUUGAUCAAACCAUGCACUCAUUUGCACUUAGUGCAUGACUUUCUCAUAACAUGUGUUGUAUAAUUAUAGUUUGUAUUGAGUGCAAACAGGCUAUAUGUGUUCCAUGGCCCAUCCAUUUGCACAAUAAACAAAUUGAUGGCCCACCCAAACUGAUGAAAAUAAUUUCAUGGCCCACCCUUAUUUCCUCCAGCCCUCCCUAGCAGUUACUUUAUGACCGGUUCCUAAACAUACAAACACAGAUGCAAACAUAACCUCCUGGCGGUGGUAAGAAGUGUAAAGAAUCUCCUUUUUGUUCUGACUGAUGUUCUGCAAUAUGUUUUAGCCUCAUGGACUGUCUGUGGUUCUUUCUGCCCCUGCCGUGUUUUCGUUUACAUCCCCAGCUUGUCCAGAGCGACAUCUCACUGCAGCAGAAGCCUUAGGUAAUAAUACUUAUAUUCAUAAUAUAUAUUUGUACUAAAUUGUUUCCCUAGAGGUCUAGUAACAGUCAUCCUUAUUGAUAUACAGUGCUGUUAUAUGCAGAAAUUUCAUCUCUGUGACAAAAGUACUUCCAGCUUGACUCUACCAAAUACAUAAAGUUAGUUUAGGUUUCCUACUGUAGUAACACUAGAACAAUAAGAGAUUAUCCUUACUAGACCUCUAGGAAGAACAGUUUAGAACUGAUAGAGCUAUCCAGUAUAAAUAAGGUUAGUUUAGUUCAGGUUCCCUCCUGUAGUAACACUGGAUCAAUAAGAGAUGAUCUUUACUGGACCUCUAGGAAGAACAGCUUAGAACUGAUAGAGCUAUCCAGUAUAAAUAAAGUUAAUUUAGUUUAGGUUUCCUUCUGUAGUGACACUGGAUAAUUCUCUGUUUCUUUAGGAGCGGAUGUAACCGGUGUACGCAAAGAUGACGCUGGGAGAUUAUUAUCAGAUUUCCUCACAAAGUUUAUGUACGACCUUGGAAUCGACGAUGGCCUGGUUGCCGUUGGUUACAGCAAUGAUGACGUGAGCGACCUGGUUCGAGGCACGGUUCCUCAGCACAGGGUCACCAAGUUAGCCCCAGCCGGAGCCCCGGGUGAGGAGGAACUCGCGAAGCUCUUUGAAGCAUCCAUGAAAAUAUAUUGAUUUGGAGAACAGAGGUAUUUGAUUAUCUGAUUUUAAUUGUAAUUUUUAUGCUGAUUAUCAACACGCACGUUUCACCAAGCAGUAUCGUGCAGCAGAUGAUGGUCAACCUGCAGUUACCAGAGUGAGAAAAUAAUGUUCAUUCUUUACAUUAUAUGUAGUCAGGGUGUCCACGGGCUUUUAAAAUCCUUGGAAGUCCUUGAAUUGGAAAACAAUUCCAGGACUGGAAAGUCUUUGAAAAUCAGUAGAAGUCCUUGAAAGUCCUGGAAUUAAUUUCCUUAACCUCCAGCUGUGCCAACAUUAGUGAUUUUGAUUAGAAUUACUGAAUAAAGUGAAUUAUUUGCUGGUUAAAGUCUAACAUCCGUGCCAUUUUCAAAGAUUUUUCCCAGUUCUAGGUCCUUGAAUUUACUGAAAAAGCCCUUGAAAGUCCUGGAAAAGUCUUUGAAUUUCACCUUCACCAAGGGGUGGGCACCCUGUGUUGUUAGUCUUGCAUUUGAAGGUAAAUGAAUAAUGGACCAUUUGCAUUAUAGACUAAAUUUUGAAACCGAAAAACGGCAAACUUCACAAGGCUAUAUUAUCCGCAUUUUACAACAUUUCGCAACGAAACUUCGGAAUAUUACUAAUUUUGUGAUUCUCUU